AGGGAGGCAGCUGUUGCCAUUAGAUUACCAGCCAGCGCAGAUACAUCAGCGGCUUCACCCUCCUGGAAAAAAAAGAAAAAAGAAAAGAAAAAAGAUGAGUCUGUCGACACCAUCAUAAACACACGAAACUGAAAAUAGAUUUUCAAAAAGUUAAAUCAAUGGUACAGAAAAGUAGUAUGUCCAGGACGCCUUCGACCUCAACCCAGGAGAUCCAAAUGGACAUGUUCGACCAUCAUCCACACACACAGGGAAAGUACGCCAAGAGGAAGAGCCGAUUUAAGCGCUCAGACGGAAGCACCUCCUCUGACACCACCUCGAACAGCUUCGUCCGACAGGGCUCUGCAGACUCCUACACCAGCCGGCCGUCGGACUCAGAUGUGUCCCUGGAGGAGGACCCUGAGGCUCUGAGGAAGGAGGCUGACAGACAGGCUCUUGCCACACUCGAGAAAGCAAAGACCAAACCGGUGGCGUUUGCUGUGCGGACAAACGUCGGUUACAACCCCGGCCCCAGCGAUGACGUUCCUGUGCAGGGCAUGGCCAUAUCCUUCGAAGCCAAAGACUUCUUGCACAUUAAAGAGAAGUACAACAAUGACUGGUGGAUUGGACGUCUGGUGAAGGAGGGCUGUGAGGUGGGCUUCAUCCCCAGCCCGGUCAAACUGGAGAACACCCGUCAGCUGCAGGAGCAGAGGAUGAGACAGAACCGACUCAGCUCCAGUAAAUCUGGGGGAAGCUCCAGUCUGGAUGUUGCCACGGGAACACGCAGGCCCACCCCACCUGGCACAGGUGGUCCGGCUAAACAGAAACAGAAGUCGAUGGAGCAUGUCCCACCCUAUGACGUGGUCCCCUCCAUGAGACCCAUCAUCCUGGUCGGGCCGUCACUCAAAGGAUAUGAGGUGACAGACAUGAUGCAGAAAGCGCUCUUUGACUUCCUGAAACACAAGUUUGAGGGCAGGAUAUCCAUCACACGGGUGACGGCGGACAUCUCCCUGGCCAAACGCUCAGUCCUCAACAACCCCAGCAAACACACCAUCAUCGAGCGCUCCAGCACCCGCUCCAGCCUGGACGUACUGGCGGAGGUGCAGAGUGAGAUCGAGCGCAUCUUUGAGUUGGCCCGCACCCUCCAGCUGGUCGCUCUGGAUGCAGACACCAUCAACCACCCCUCUCAGCUGGCAAAGACCUCCCUGGCUCCCAUCAUUGUCUAUAUCAAAAUAGCCUCACCUAAGGUCCUCCAGAGGCUCAUCAAAUCCAGGGGGAAGUCCCAGGCUAAACACCUAAAUGUGCAGAUGGUGGCAGCAGACAAGUUGGCCCAGUGCCCACCUGAACUGUUUGACAUCAUCCUGGACGAGAACCAGCUGGAGGACGCCUGCGAGCACCUGGCUGACUACCUGGAGGCGUACUGGAAGGCGACACACCCCCCGAGCAGCAACCCUCCCAACCCUCUGCUGAACCGUACCAUGGCCACGGCGGCCCUGGCCGCCUCCCCUGAGCCCGUCUCCAACCUGCAGGGGCCGUACCUGGUGCACGGCGAGCAGAAGCGGGAAGGGCCUCUGACAGAGUGCGGUGGGAGCGGCGCCCUGCAUGACUAUCAGACAGACCUGGGAGGAAAACCUCAGCAGCAGCAGCAAACGUACAUGCGCUCCUCUCGCGGGCAGCUACGGGGAGGGAGCGGGCGAGGCCUUUCGCGGCAAGACACCUUCGACUCUGAGACCCAGGGCAGCCGGGACUCGGCUUACACUGAGGCCGGCGACUCCUGCAUGGACAUUGAGACUGACCCGUAUGAAGAGCCCGAGCCCUACCGAGGGGGCGGGGGCAGCCGCCUCCACCUGGCGCAGCAUCACGGCAGACAGGCCUCCUGGGAAGACGAAGGCGCCGAGCCGGACCAGGAAAACCUGAACCACCCUCCGAUGCCGAGCCAGACGCAGCCGCAUGGACGUGCCAAGCUGAGGGAGCGUUACUGCCAGGACCCUGUGGACACCGGAGCCAACAUGAGCCGCAACAAGAACCAGGACGACUGGGGGAGGGACGUCUACAUCCGCUGAACACGCAUCACACCAGGAAGGAAGCAACUGAGGAUGGAGGGGGAUAAGGGGAGGGAGGGGGAACAGCUUCAGGUUUUGGGUUCGGAAGGGACUGAAGUGUGGGUCAGUCAGGCUAACAAAUGAAUCUGUUUACAUCCCAGUACAAUGUAAAGAAACACAUCAACUGCCAGACGCCAUUCUCAUCAACUUCUUCUUGCAAUUCAAUUUAUUUAUGUUUAGAAAAAAAUAAUAUGGGUCUGUUUUUUUGUUUCCUAUGUUAAUACUGCAUGAAUAUCAUGGAUUUCUAAACUGACAGCACGAGGACAGUAAUUGUUUCGAUUGUGAAUCUCUGACUGUGAUCUGUAUGACUCAACCUCACCUUCAGUUGUAGAGUGUGAAGGCUGGUGGAGCUGUAGUCCGUCACGUCUGUCCUCUGCAGUCUUAAACAGGGUCUAAUGUCAGCGUCCCCUCCCCCCGUGUACAGUGUCAGGGCUUCUCUUUACCUUAAUCUCACUCUUUUGGAUGUCAGGAUUUGCCCCAUGCUGAGAUCCAGAAGUUACGAGCCUCUCACCUCCACUUUCUUAUCACCCAGACCUUAAAAAGCUGGUGGAGAAGUUGCCAUAUUUCAACACAACAAUUUAUUGAUGUUGCUACACUCACGUCCGCUUGAUAACAACAAAGAAUACACUCCAAAGACGUUUACUUCUUCCCCGACCCGGUUCGGCCGCUGUACACGACUGUGCACAGUCUGACCUCCCGUUUCUGUUUUCCUCUUCCUCGUGGGUGCUGAGGGCGCCUGCGGGACUCAUCUGUUCUCUGGUUUUUCUAACGCGGCGCAGCACCGCAGUUGUAGUUUUGUGAAUGAAGUGUCCUGCCUUAGUCACUCCCACCUUAAAACACCCUUAUUUCAAGAAAACUCCAAUCACAAGUGCCGGAAUGUCUCGCCAAGCCAUGUCCACCACUGCCACGGUGGGAUGUCUUAACUCUUGUUACGCUCAUGCCAUGUCUGUGCGUCUCCGUGUGUCUCGUGGCUACUCUGCACCGUAGCCCAUGCCGUCGCUCCAGCACAUCUCGUUUUCUUUGCACCAGCUUCGUCGUCUGUUUUUCAGGGCUAAUGGUUAUAUAAAAAGUACUUGUGUGUGCGGUUAAUCACUCCCAACUUCCACCCAAACGGCUAGCUUGUCUGAUAUUAAAUACCACUCUCUUCUUACUCUUGAUUUCUGACUGAAUUAGUGUUGUUUUUUCCUGUGGACAUUUGCAAUUUUUUUUUUAUUUUAAAUCUUCAGUUCUUGUGAGGUAGUGAGAGGAGUACGAAGCGGGGUGAGGGUGGGGGAGGGUAGGAUCAGCUUUGGUCUUUACUCAGUUAUCUAUAAUGGAGAAUCCAUGAAUGUCUUUGGUGGGCUGCUUCUGCCCGCCCGUCUUCAGUUGAAUAAAUAAAUAUUAAAUAAUGAUCAGUAAAUAAUGUUAUUGUUGCGUUAUCGCAAUUGUUAAAAAUAUGAAAUAACAUGUAUCAUUGGUGCCUGAUUGUAGCUACAUUUUGCUUUUUCUGCCUUUCAUUUUUAAUCUGUGGAUAAAUUCGUAUUUUAAUUAAAAAUUUAAUCAGAAAA